AUGAGGCUCAGGCGGAGUUCCAACUGUAGCGCAACAUUUUUAGAAAAUCACAUGCUGAAGUUUGGAUUAAAUCGAUUAAACUAUGCCGUAUCUUCUGGCCUUGUCAAAAGUCAAAAAAGAAGCAUAUACACAAGGCUACCUUUAAAAUGGUCUACUUCACAUAUUACAUGCAUGUCAAUAUACUAUUUCUCCCUUAUCUUAUACCUAGAUAGAGAAGAUCAAGUUCCGAGAAACACAGAUGUGCUAGUUAUCGGUGGAGGUAUCAUGGGUUGGGCAACAGCUUUUUGGCUCCGACGUGAUUCAAAGUUUUCUGUCACUGUUGUUGAGAAGGAUCCUACAUAUAGUCAGUCAGCCACAGUUCUUGGACUAGGAUCUAUACGACAACAAUUUUCAGAACCAGAAAAUAUACAGAUGUCAUUGUUCUCAAUUGGGUUUUUGAGAAAUGUCUCAAAUUAUCUAUCGGUGGAAGAUCCAACAGAAAACAUAGAUAUUGGUUUCAAUCCUCAAGGUUGUUUAAUGUUAGCAAAUGCUGAGAAUGUGGAUUUGUUAAAAGAGAAUUAUUUAUUACAGAUUGAUCUAGGAGCAAAAGUUGAACUGCUAACUAAAGACGAUCUGUCUGCGCGUUGGCCAUGGAUGAAUGUUGACGAUAUUGAAAUGGGUUGCUACGGUUAUGAAAAUGAAGGAUGGUUUGAUCCUUUUCUUCUACUGAAGGCAUUGAAAAUAAAAUGUCAUUUCAUGGGAGUAAACUAUGUUGUUGGAGAAGUGACUGACUUCCAUGCUAGUCCAUUCAUUAUGGUAUCUUCUUCUGAUGGGGAGUCACAGAGACCUCCAGUAUCAUGUAAACCUUUACGUUCUGCUACAAUUUCCCUUCCCAACCAAAUGAAUAUUUCUAUUAGUUUUAAUUCAGUAGUAAAUGCAGCAGGUCCAUGGGCAGCACAUGUGGCUGAAUUGGCUGAAAUUGGCAGCGAAAAUCUUCCUUUACGGUUACCAGUUGAGCCAAGAUAUCGUCAAAUUUUCGUUGUGCGACCUAAAAAUACACUUAGUCAUAUAGAAAGUCAUUAUCCAUUACCUGGUUUAGAUAUGCCAUUUAUGAUAGAUCAUAAUCGUUUAUUUAUUGAACGUCGUGAUCUUUCCGGGGAAUUUAUUGUUUAUUCUGAUAAUCCUAAAUUUGAUUCUCUUAAUAAUAAUUGUAAUAAACAAAAUUCGGUGAACCAUGAAUUUUUCCAUGAAUAUAUUCAACCGUUAUUGUGUAAACGUAUACCAGGAUUUAAAGAUGCUGAAGUAACUUCAGGUUGGAUAUCCAUAUGUGAUUAUAAUACAUGGGAUCAAAAUUUAAUUAUUGGUUCUCAUCCAUUACAUACUAACAUGUAUUUUUGCAAUGGUUCAAGUGGUCAUGGUACACAGCAUGCUAUAGCAAUUGGAAAAUCAAUUUCUGAAUUGAUUGCCUUUCAACAAUAUAAAACAUUCGAUCUAGUACGUUUCUCAUUUGAUCGUUUAUUUUCUAAUCAAACUGUGAAUGAAGUGAAUUGUUUUUAAAAGUUUUCUUGUAGUUGUUCAUACAUCGCCUUAUUGAAUUAUUGAAUUUAAAAAAAUUUGUAAAUAAAUAUAUAAUUUGUUUGUUUUUUUCUUUUUGUUACGAUCCUCCUGUUCUUCUAUAAACUGAUAUUGGCAUAUUUAUUAUGCAUUGUUAAUUUGGUAAUUAAUGUAACUCAGAAGUAAACAAGUUCAUCCUCAUA